AUGUCCUUACCACGGGUUUACAUGGAUGUUACUGCUGAUGGCACUGUUCUAGGAAGAAUUGUUAUUGAGUUGAGAACAGAUGUUACCCCCAAGACUUGUGAAAAUUUCCGUGCCCUCUGUACUGGUGAAAAAGGUUUUGGAUACAAAGGCUCCACUUUCCACCGUGUUAUCCCCAACUUCAUGUUGCAAGGAGGUGACUUUACAAACCAUAAUGGCACUGGUGGCAAGUCUAUCUUUGGUGAGAAGUUUGCUGAUGAGAACUUUGUUUUGAAGCACACUGGCCCAGGUGUGCUCUCUAUGGCUAAUGCUGGCCCUAACACUAAUGGCUCUCAGUUCUUUAUUACUACUGUGAAGACAUCGUGGCUGGAUGGAAGACAUGUGGUCUUUGGAAAUGUAGUGGAGGGCAUGGAUGUUGUGAAACAAGUUGAAGCCCUGGGUUCCCAAUCUGGCAAACCCUCCAAGAAAGUUGUAAUUGCUGAUUGUGGUCAGCUUUCCUAA